CUCCUCUCGCCGGCAAGCAGGGACGUGGGUGGCCAUGCUGCACUGGGGAUACGACGAGCACAACGGUGAGGGAGGACAGCUCCCGGGGGGCAGGGGGGCGAGCCCAGGGCCUUCUCACUGGAAAGAGGUUUUCCCUGUUGCUAAUGGAGACCGUCAGUCCCCCAUUGACAUCAAAACUGAAGAAGCCAAAUAUGACCCCGCUCUACCUCCUAUUAGCCCUAACUAUGAUCCAACUUCUGCUAAAGUCAUCCUCAACAAUGGACACUCCACAAGUGUAGAAUUUGAUGACACAGAAAAUAAAUCAGUGCUGAGAGGGGGACCACUCAGUGGAAGCUAUAGGCUGCGCCAAAUUCACUUUCAUUGGGGGGCCAGCGAUGACAUUGGCUCUGAGCAUGCAGUGGAUGGAAAGAAGUAUGCAGCUGAGCUUCAUGUGGUUCACUGGAACUCAGACAAAUAUUCCACUUUUGUUGAGGCUGCUCGGCAGCGGGAUGGAUUAGCUGUCAUGGCAGUAUUUCUAAAGAUUGGUGAAUGUAACUCUCAGCUGAAGAAAAUUACUGACCGUUUGGAUGCCAUUAGAGCCAAGGGUAAACAAGCACUGUUCACAAACUUUGACCCUUCCUGUUUGCUUCCUCACUCUCUGGACUACUGGACUUAUCUUGGCUCUCUUACUGUUCCACCUCUUCUUGAAAGUGUCAUCUGGAUAAUUCUCAGAGAGCCUAUAACUGUUUCCUCUGAGCAGAUAGCCAAAUUCCGCAGCCUUCUGUGUACUGCUGAGGGAGAGGUAGCCUGCUGCAUGCUGAGAAACUAUCGGCCACCACAGCCUUUAAAGGGACGGGAAGUCAGAAGGAAUUAAGGAGUAAAGCAAGAAUCAGCCACUGCUGAGACCACUUAGGAGGCUGAAUUAGUUUUUAAUAAUGAUAUGCUUUGUGCCUAAUGAAUAGCACUUCUCCACUGGUCUUCUGCGGAGUUGGUGCCAUGCCUUGUUUUGAAAACAGAGCUGGAUGUUGAUGGGAGUGAAGCAAAGGACCAGCCACUCUCUGCAGCAACUUCCCUGUUGAGCCUGUGGAUUUCUGCUCAAAAAUCCAAUCAGGAUUUAAUGCCGCGUGAAGUGGUGGUAACUCCCCCUGACUAUCAGACAGUGGCCACACAACUCCCGCAGGAUUGGGAGGAAGUGUCAGAGCAGCCACAUGGAGGGAAAAGCCACCCUUCCAUGUGAUUAUUUCUUUCUCCAAGAUGCCUAGGACUGUAGGUUUUGUAGGUUGUACCUCUUGCCUCCUCCAUUGGUACUGUGACCCAUCCUCCAGGAGGGGAAAAUUGAGGGGAUACCAUACAAGCAAGGCCAACCUUGCAGAGAUUCCCAAGUCCCUUGUAUUCCUCUAUAAAUAAAUAGGUUGUUUAGAUAGAUAGAUAAGUAAGUCUUAUUGUUCUCUCCUCCACUCCAGUAGAGUGCCUCCUUUAAAGGGGAGCUUAAGUUGCUUCUGUUACUGCAGGUCCUCUCACUGCAAUACAGUAUUUUGAGCAGUGAGAAAAAGAAAACUGGCUAUGGGAGAAGCAAUAGAGCCAAUGCAGCAGCAGGAGCUGUGGACAAGAAUGGCCAAAUGUAAAACCUGCAGGCACUUUUUUUCAGUCCCCACUAACCAGGAUAGGCAGGAGGACCCAGGUAGAUAUAAAAAGAUUUGAGUGUGGUCUCAUUCAAAUGACAAGUAUAUAUAUAGAGUAUAAUUGCUGGCAUGUGUGUUUUUUCACUUUCUUUUUUGAUCUGAUGUUGCAUCUGGUAUGUUUCCCUGUCGUGUGAGUAGCUGCAGAACAUGAUGAAUGAAGUUUACACAUUAUGUAAAGGGCGCUAAAGAACUGAUUUGCCUGAGGACAGGAAUAAUGAGGCUACUACUGUGUGUGUUCAUAUUAGAAAUAAAAUAAGUUUUAGCUGUUUUUCCUGCAUUGAAAAUAAAUAGUGGAGCGGAUACAGUGGUUUGAUAUUUGUAAGGAUUUUAUCAAAUAAAAACAGAUGUUGUCAACGUGUCUUGUACUUCCC